CCUGACAUCACUUCCGUCCCUGAACUCACUCCACUCCAGCAGCUCCCCCGCUACUAACCGCCAUUCACGCUGCUGCCGGCGGAAGCUGCCCGGUCGGAAUUGUUGGCGGUGUCGGCGCAGUGAGCCCCAGGUGAGGACUGGGUCCAAAAGUGAGGCGGAGGGUGUACCAGACUCGAUGAAUUUCCUUCGACAUGUCGGAGAAGUCAGGCCAGAGCACAAAAUCAAAGGAUGGGAAAAAGUAUGCUACUCUCAGCCUGUUUAAUACGUAUAAGGGAAAGUCACUAGAAACACAGAAAACUACUGUUGCUGCACGCCAUGGACUCCAAAGUUUGGGAAAAGUUGCUGUGUCUCGGCGCAUGCCUCCCCCUGCAAAUUUGCCCAGUCUUAAAGCUGAAAAUAAAGGAAAUGAUCCCAAUGUGAACAUUGUGCCCAAAGAUGGAACAGGCUGGGCAUCCAAGCAAGAGCAAAACGAAGAGGAGAAAACACCAGAAGUGCCCCCACCACCUCCAAAGCCAGUAGUCCCCGUUGUGCCCGAGGUUCCUGCUGUUGCCAAAUCAUGGGCCACUUCCAAGCCAGGGGGGCUCGGUGACGGUGUUCAGGUGAACCGCUAUUUCCAGCAAGAAUUCCCCAGUCUGCAGGCAGCUGGGGAUCAGGACAAGACAAAAGAGAAAGAUGCUGCAGCUGACGAUAAUUAUGGACCUGGACCGAGUCUGCGCCCACAAACUGAUGUGGCCAGUUGGCGGGAAGGUGGAGGAAGGAACCUUGGUACGCCAAAUGCCCCUGCUGACCAAGAAAAUGUUGCUUCAGUCGGAGAAGAUGGAUCCUCUGCCCCUGCACUACCUAGUUCUGCGGACCAGAGCAAAGGGUCCACCACGCAACUCAAACUGAAUGGACAGCAACCGGGCCUACCUCCUCAGUACAGAGGCAUGAUGCCUUCAUUUGCUGGAAAUAUGUUUCCUUCAUAUCCACGACUUCCAUUUCCCCCAAUGCAAGGACCCACACGCUAUCCUACAGCACCAGAAUCUAAUAGACGACCACCACAAACAUGGGCAGCCGAGGGUGUUGAACGUCCUUCAAUCAUUAGUGCUACUGAGCUUAAAGAGCUGGAUAAUCUAGACACUGAAGCAGAUGAAGGCUGGGCAGGAGCUCAAAGUGAAGUCGAUUACACAGAGCAGCUAAACUUCAGUGAUGAUGAUGAGCAGUCAGCAAGCCAGAAAGAGAAAUCGGAAAGCUGGGAUGAUCGGCUCGCUAAAAUUGAGCAAGACCCAGGGAAGCCUGGCGAAAGUUUAGAGGUUCGCAGAGACUCAGAAGAACGCCCAUCCACCCCUUCUCAAGCUUCUGCCCCAGCAUCAGGACCGAAAUCGCUUCUUGGCAAAGGUCCACCAGUUGACACACAGGAUCGGCGCCAGAUGCCACCAUCACUUUUGUCUCUUGAUAAGAGCAUCCCACCUCUUAUGCAAGCCAAAGCUGCUCCCCAACAGCACCCAUCUCAAGUUCGCCCAGGUGCCCCAGCAAGACCGGCGCCAUUGCAGUCCCGUCCCAGCGAGGAUGAAAUCUGGAAACAAAGACGUCGACAACAGACAGAAGUUUCUGCCGCAGUAGAACGUGCCCGCAAAAGACGCGAAGAAGAAGAAAGGAAAAUGGAAGAGCAGAGGAAAGCGGCGUGCGCGGAAAAAUUAAAGCGCCUGAACGAGAAAUUUGGUGCUGUCACCACAUUAACUACGGCAGUUCCUGACAAGCCAGCAGCUGAAAAAUCUCCAGAAGAAAAAAUUAUUAUAGCUGAGGAAUCCUCUCAAGAGUCUCUUCCAAAAGAAGAGCAGGAGAUUGGAAAUGAGCAGCCUAUAAAAGAAAUCGAACCUGAAAGACCAGAGACUCCUGUACAAGAGGAAGAGAAAAUGGAAGAAGUCAUCCCCAAUCCUGAUGUAGAGCUUGUACAAGAGGAGGAAAUUGUCCCGGAUGUGGAGGAACAAUCUGAUUUAGUUGUGGAAGAACCACAGUUUACAAGAAAGGAUAGUGUUUCAAGUGACCAAGAAGACUGCCCACCAGCAAUCCCUGUGCAGUUGGCAACCUCUGUACCAGUCCUCCAACAGCCUUCACUUCCAUCUCCCGUUACUGCUCUUCCGCCUGCUCCCUCCCCAGUACCAGCACCUGUGUUCGCACAUGACAACGACUCCGAAGCGGGAACCCAACCACGUCCUUCUGUUUCUUCUGGAUACUCCAAACAGUUUCAGAAAUCUUUGCCUCCAAGGUUUCAGCGACAACAGGAACAGAUGAAACAGCAGCAGUGGCAGCAACAGCAACAGGGUGUACUCUCCCAGCCUGCUCAGUCACAACCUUCUAGCAGUCCUGUUCCUCCGCCACAACACAGGCCACUUUACCAGCCUUUAGGACCACAUCCUCAACAUUUAGCUUCCAUGGCCUUUGAUCCACGCUGGUUGAUGAUGCAGCCAUAUAUGGAUCCUAGAAUGAUGUCUGGAAGACCUACUAUGGAUAUGCCACCAAUGCAUCCCGGGAUGAUGCCAACCAAGCCAAUCAUGAGACGGGAACAGAUGGAUGCAUCAGCAACUGCUCCUGAACCAUAUGAUCACAUGACUCGAUCUGUUAGAGAUCACGGUGUCCCACUAUCUGAACCUCGCAUGAUGUGGGGAGCAGAGCCUUACUCACACACAGACACCCCACAAGUUUCCUCAUCCGCAAAAGAAGCUGAGGAGCCUGAAGAUUACAGGUCUGAAACGUCUCUGGAUCAGGAUAUAAUUUCUGAAACUUACUCUAUGGACCACAGUCCUUUUGAAUCGCAACACAAAACUGACUUCUUCUCCAGAUCUCGAGAGCCUGAUAUUCACAGUGCACCUGUAAGGCAUCCAGAACCCGUUCAGUUACCUCAGGCAGAGGAACAAGACACACAAAUUUCUGGGUUUGAUCAAGCAGAGAAGCAGGCCCCCAUAGAUGAUUCUUCUCACAUUGACAUCCAACCUGUCUUGACCAGAAGUUUAUCCAGUGAGUCAGCCCACACUCUGAAACAGGAGGAAAGGAGAGUGGACACUGUACAGCCAACUUCUAAAGCUUCUGCUAGACCACCAGAACCUACAAAAGAAGUAGUGGAAGAAAAACCAAGAAAAGAGAGUUUUCAGAGCUCCAAAGCGCCUGAGCUCACAAAAAUAGAAAAACCUUUCAAACCCAAAUCUGAAACAAGAUGGGGUCCAAGGCCUGGUUCUCGCUUCAGAGAAGAAGGUAUUGAUAGACCUAUAAGGAGAUCAGGCCUGAUCAAAAAACCUAUUCUUCGGGACAUGAAAGAGGAACGUGAAUUGAGAAAAGAAAGGGAGGAGGAGAAAUUUGGACAAGAAAAGACACUGAAACAAGAGAAAAUAGAAAGAAAACCUCCACCAGCUCAACCAGCACCUAGUCCUCAUACCUCAGUCAGUAAAACUGAACAAGAUAAGCAAUUGCCUGAAGCUGCCACUCUUCCAAAAGUACCAAGUUCUAACACCUUACUUUCAGAAAAGCCAUCAGAAAGCACAUCUUCUGAAAUUACAACUAAAGCUGUUUCUCAACCAACACCACCACCUAGUCAGCCAAGUAAAGAAGAGAAAAUUGUGCGGGUGGUUAGCAAGGACAACAAGGAACCUCCCUCUGAUAAGCCCAAACUAGAUCCAAAGCCGCCCGUGAUUCCGCAGACCAGUUCUUCAACAAUACCUCAUCGAAGAGAGCCUAUGCUUCCCCCAAGAAAUUAUAGGAAAGAGGCUAGAGACAGAGACUGGUUUCCUGAUCAGGGUUAUAGAGGAAGAGGGCGAGGAGAGUACUACUCCAGAGGAAGAAGUUACCGAGGUUCCUAUGGAGGGAGGGGGAGAGGUGGCAGAGGUCAAAGUAGAGACUACCCACAUUACAGAGAUACAAAACCCCGCAGUGAACAAGUUCCUCCAGGAGCUUUAAGGCGCAGGGAUGAAAGUGAAACUCGCAGUGAAAGCUCAGACUUUGAAGUUAUGCCAAAGAGACUCAGACAGCGUGGUUCUGAAACCGACUCUGACAGUGAAGGUCGUGAAAGUGCAAGUGACACACCUUUAUCGGAUAAGGAAAGUUCAAGUAGAAGCAAACCCCGUAGAGAUGACCGAUCUGAAAUCAAAAGGGCACCUAAAUCGGCUUCUUCUUUAAAGCCUGAACCUGGACCUUUGAGGCCAGAGGGGAGACCAUCCGAAAGGCACUUCUCUAGAGAAGAUGACUCUAGAACAAAACCUGGUUUCUUGCCUAAAGGGGAACCUUCCCGUAGAGGCAGAGGAGCUGGAAGUUUUCGUCGUGGGGGAAGAGAGCCUGGUAUGCGCACAUCACGCCCUCCACCACCACGGAGAUCUAAUUAUAGGGAUAACCAAUGGUUUCCAAGACAGCAGGAAUCAAGAGCACCACCUCCUCCAAGACUGGAUGAAGGGGAAAACAAACAGGAUCAUCCAACAUUACCUGCUGGAGAGAGAAGACCACCUUUUAAAUUUGAGCGCAAAUUUGAUCCUGCAAGGGAUAGGCCACGACGGCAGAGACCAACUCGUCCACCGAGACAAGAUAAACCUCCAAGAUUUAGGCGAUUAAAAGAAAGGGAAAGAGAAGAUGCUGGAAAACCUGUUGAGGUUACUGGAUCUUCUAAUCAAGGAGUGCCUGUUUCUAGUACUGUUCAUGAACUUCCCUCUGAUUUCUCUGGCAACAAAACACCGGACUUGUCUAAUCACAAUUCCUCUGACCAGGCCAAUGAGGAGUGGGAAACUGCUUCAGAAAGUAGUGAUUUCAAUGAACGAAGGGAGAGAGAUGAGCGCAAAGCUGCCUCAUCAACCAAUAUUCAAUCGCCUGCCCCUAGCAAAUCUGCAGAUGGCUUGGCUCAGUCUCCACCUAAAAGAGAGAGUGCCAAAAGAAGUUUUUCCAGUCAAAGACCUGGCAUGGAUCGUCAGAACCGUAGAGGAAAUACUGGUGCUCCCAAACCCAGCAGGCAUUAUUCCGGACCCAGGAGUGAAAGACGGAGUGGCACUUCCCUACAGAGAGGAAAAAGGGGUCCAACAGAUGACCAGAUGCCUGGUAUGAAUGCAACCGAUUCAUCUGGGGGCAGCACUGUCCACAAUCACCACUAUCACGGUUAUCACCACCAUUCAGAUGAUGGAAGUGCCAUGGCACCUUCAAAGAUGGUCAAAGAUUCUUCUGGCAAAAAGAAAGAUGAGGCCAAGCUGGCAGUAAAAAAGCCUAAGGAGAAGGUGGAUGCGUUGUCACAGUUUGACCUGAACAAUUAUGCAAGUGUUGUGAUAAUAGAUGAUCAUCCUGAAGUAACGACACUUGAGGAUUCACAAUCUAACCUCAAUGAUGGUUUCACUGAAGUAGUAUCUAAAAAGCAGCAGAAGCGCCUACAAGAUGAAGAGCGUAGAAAGAAAGAAGAGCAAACUGUACAGGUGUGGAAUAAAAAGGGCUCUGGUGAAAAAGGAAGAGGCCAGAAUUCCAAACUUCCACCUCGGUUUGUGAAGAAACAGCAGCAACAAGCAGCAGCUUUACAAGCUCAGUCUUCUGGCUUGUCAGCACAAGGAUUACCACCAACAGUACCUGUAUCAAUGCCGGCGAGUCAGCCUCCAUUGCCUAUCCAGUCCCAGCCGACCACAAAUGGCUCAGACUUUCCUGGACCUGUGAAAGCUCCACCUCCCUCACAGCCAUCCGCUCCAUUGGGAACAGAGUUAUGGGAAAACAAAAUUGCGGCUCCAAGUGUUUUAAAUGACUUAUCUAAGAAAUUGGGCCCUAUUAAUCCUCAGCCACAAUCUUCAAGUGCCUGGAAUAAACCUCUCACAGGAUUUGUACCAAACAGCAACACUGAGGUAAGUCAACACAUCCAUUGCUUGUUUAACAUCUUAAAUACCCAAGAUGCUGUUGAUUUGACAAUGGAAGCGAUCCAAUUCGGUGCCCCAGCAUCUAGUAGCAGUGAUAAUGAGGGUACACCAUCCCUCUCUGAGAAGACAUCCGAGAACCUUCCUGAACCUAAAGAGCAGAGACAGAAGCAACCCAGAGCUGGACCAAUUAAGACCCAGAAGAUCCAAGAUCUCAAUGUUGUUCAGAGUAAAGAGUACAAGCCAGGGCCUAUUGGUAAGGAGCGAUCACUUAAAAACCGUAAAGUUAAAGAGGUGCAGUCUGAACCAGAGUCCCAGGAGAAACAGAUGCCAGCCACAGUUCGAACACCAGAACCGGUUCCGACAAAGGAGAGCAAAGUCAUACCAGAAGUGGCCCCUGAAAUCACCAGCAUACUUUCUGUGUCUGCACCGGAAUUUGGAGUUAGCACCAAGGAGAGUGUAACAGAUUACACUAGCCCAUCAGGUGCCCUUUCAAAUACAGCACCUUCAGGAAGCUCUAAACUGGAAUCUUCACUGGUGCCUAAUGUACCUCUUCCCCAUACUCUUCCUCUGUCUCGGAGAGAGACUCUUCAGCAGAGCACAAGCCUAACACCUGUAUCUCCUGCCACUGUUGACCUCACUCUAAAGAUGGAGUCGGCUCGCAAAGCAUGGGAGAACUCCCCAAGUGUUGCCGAGAAGGGAACCCCUAUCACUUCUGCUGCACCUCCCACUAGUACAUCGGCAGUAGGGGUCCCCACUAAUGGCAACAGUGGGGUUGGUGGAGUGCCUACAAAUGGUGGCAGUGCUGGUCCGCCUCCUACAAGCAGUGUACCUUACAAUUCCUUUUCCAGUUCCUCUAUGCCUCCCAUUCCAGUUGCUUCAGUAACACCAACAACGUCUUUGUCAGGAGCUGGAACAUAUACCACCGCCUCACUCAGCACAAAAGCGACAACAACAUCUGACCCUCCAAAUAUCUGCAAGGUGAAGCCGCAACAACUUCAGAGCAGCAACAGCAUGCCCUCCCCUAGUCACUUCUCCCAGCUUAGCUGUAUGCCAUCACUCAUGGCGCAGCAGCAGAAUCCGCAGGUGUAUGUCUCUCAGUCUGCAGCUGGUCCAACAGCACAAAUUCCAGCAUUCUAUAUGGACACAAGUCACCUAUUUAAUACACAACAUGCACGAAUGGCUCCUCCAACUUUAACACAGCAGCAGGGAUUCCAGCCAGGACUCUCACAGAUUCCUAUUCCCAUAUAUGCUCCUCUGCAAGGACAGCAUCAGGCACAGCUUGGUCUAGCACCUGGUCCUUCUGUUUCUCAAGCUCAAGAAUUAUUUACUUCUUCUUUGCAACCUUACAGGACUCAGCAAGCAUUUCUACAGAGCAGUUUGUCUCAGCCUUCGCAAGUCGUCUUGUCUGGUGCUGCCUUGCAUAAUUUUCCGGGAGUGCAACACCAGGAUCUGGCUAAAGCACAGAGUAGCCUAGCCUACCAACAGACCACCAACACACAGCAUAUUCCUAUUUUAUACGAUCAUCAGCUUGGCCAGUCUGGUUUGGGAGGAUCGCAACUGAUUGAUACACACAUUCUGCAGACACGUCAAGGUUUAGGUCAGCAUUCAAACCUUUAUUCUGGGCAACAGCCAAACCAGACAAGCUUCUACAGCACUGCCCAGUCUCCUACUGCACUUCAGCAGAUGACGGUAUCAAUGCAAGGAUCACAACUGUCCUUGCCCAACUUUGGUUCAACAGGGGGGCAGCCUCUAAUUGCUUUAUCUCAAACCAUGCCCCCUGCACCUCAAAUGCAACACCAGAGUCUCUCUAGGACAGGCCAAGUGAGCCAGGCUUACCGAGGCCUAAUCCCUUCUGGCAAUCAGCAUGGAAUGAUGGCUGCACCUGGCAAGAUGUCGGAUAUGGAGCUGAAGCAUUAUGGCAGUGCUUUGGACCAUGUGAAACCCGGUACACCUCCUAUGAUGGGAAGAAGCACCACACCAACUUCUAGUCCUUUCCGGGCCAAUUCCACUAGCCCCAACAGUCAGUCAAGUAAAAUGAAUAGCUUGAUUUACCAGAAACAUCAGUUUACGUCCGCAGCCGCCAAUGUAAGGAUGGGUCAGCCUCCCUUCCCUACACAGUUCCCGCCUCAGAUGCUGUCCCAGCCUAAUCUGGUGCCUCCACUGGUCAGAGGACCCCAUCCAAAUUCUUUCCAACCACAAGUUCAACGCCCACCGAUGGCACUCGCCAACCAGAUGCCCCCACAGAUGCCCACAGGGCUGAUGAACCAUCCACGUCUUCAUCAUGUGUCCCGAGCACCUCCUGUUCCACCUUCUGGGGUGCGAAUCAAUGCUGCAAUAAAGGCAGAGCAGGAUCUGAAGGCAAAACAGAGAGCAGAGGUUUUACAGUCUACACACAGAUUCUUCGAGCAGCAACAGCAGCAUCAGCAAAGCAAACCGGUGAUCCCCAAGCCUCCGAAAACCACCCCAGGUGCCAGCAAGCCUUCAGACUCUAUACCAGAACCCUCCUUGGUCUCCCAAGAAAAGGUAGAAGAGAACCAAGCUGCCGUUGCUGCCUUGCCUUCGGCUGCUGUGCUGACCUCUACCAAACCGAUCAGAACUGGACCAAUAAAACCUCAAGCCAUCAAAACGGAAGACACAAAGUCCUAGAGAUAGCUGGGAAGUUCUGAGCACUACUCUGGGGUGUAUCAAUAUGAGUUUUUUUUUGUUUUUUUUUAUGUUUACCUAAAAGAUACAGCAGCUGAUCUAAAAGUAGGAAGUGGAUUUAGCAGAGCAUAGUUAGCAAUUGUGUGAACAGGACAGGGUCUUCAGUGGCUACACUCAGCAUUUCAAGAUGUGAAAGGUAGAAGAUACUUUGUGCAGACGGUUUUUGUUUCUUUCUAGUUUCUACUCGGUGUGUCGUGGUUGUUUUAGACAGUGUGGCCUGUAUGCUGGAAAUCACAAAUGUCUAUGUAAGAGGACUGUAUUACCACCCAUAGAGGCUGACACGGAAUGGUUAGUAAGAUACACUACCCUAUAAAGAAAGCUACUCUAAGUGUGCCGAACCAGAGCGAGUUCAAGUGCAAUCUAGUAUUUGUAUACCCAAACACGCUUUCUGGUCUUGUUUCGGGUUACACUGUUGUAUUUGUCUCUCUCCUGCUGGGUUUUCCAGGGCAUAUGAAAGUCAGGCUCUAGAUUUCCUACCCAUUCUCCCAAGAUAUCUUCUAGGAGUAAUAAUAAGAUUCCUCAGACUAGGCUGAAGCGGUCGGAGUUACAGGUUGCAAGAGAAACGUUGGACUUUAAAUAUCUGAGCUCAUACUAAGUUUUGUCUAAAAC